AAUUUAGACUUUUUAGAAACAUGAAGGCAAUUAAUUUAUUCUAUUUGCCUGCGUUCUUAUCGUUGGUGGGGUCCAUCAUAGCCCUACCAGAAUAUCAACAACAACAGCAACAAGUAUUCUCAAUAGAUCAUGAUAAUAGAAAAUUACAUGGAAGAUAUUUACAUAUUACAGACAUUCAUAUGGAUAAAAAUUACGUUGUAGGAGCAACGAUCAAAUCAGAUUGUCAUAGAAAACCAAAGAAACAUAGAAAUAGAAAGAAGAAGGAAGGCUUAUUAGCAGGCUAUUGGGGUGCGCCUGUCACUGAUUGUGAUUCUCCACCAAGACUUGUUUAUCAUUCAAUAAAUACAAUUGCAAAAGAAUGGAAGGAUAAAAUUGAUUUUAUUAUAUGGACAGGGGAUAAUGCAAGGACAAAAAAGGAAAUUAUUGGAUACAAUGUAAAAGUAACUGAGCUUUUAAAACAAGCUUUUAAAUUAGACCACAGUAAUAACCAAACCAUUCCUAUUAUACCUUGCAUUGGUAAUAAUGAUAUCCAUCCUCAUAAUGAAUUAAGAGGAAUGAAAAAGAAUCCUCAAUUGUUGGAGUUUAGUGAAAUUUGGCAUGAUUUUAUCCCAGCUGAACAUGUAAAGGCCUUUAAGAGAGGAGGUUACUUUGCUGUAGAUGUCGUACCAGGUUUACUUCGAGUGAUUUCCUUAAAUACGCUCUACUUUUUUGGUUCGAACGAUGUUGUAAAUGCUUGUAGUGAUCCUAAAUCAGCUGGUGCACAACAUAUGCGUUGGUUACGUUCUCAGUUAAAGAAAGCUCGUAAAGAAGAUAUGAAGGUGAUCUUGAUCGGACAUGUCCCUCCCACCGUCAAGACCUUCAAGGAUAGUUGUCUUGAUGAUUAUAUUCAACUUUCAACAAAGUACGCUGAUAUCAUCACAGCUCACAUGUAUGGACAUUCGAAUAUAGAUCAUUUUCAAAUCAUUGGCAAGGAUUUCAUGGAAUCUACAGAUGCAGGUCGUUUUAUUUCUACUUUGCAUGAACAAUACAAACGAGCUCAAAUGACAAAGAAUCGUAAGGACCUGGUUGCGAUUCAUGUUGCACCACCUAUGCUCCCUCUCUUUUACCCUAGUUUCCGCAUAAAUGAAUAUGACACAAAGACCGGUCAUUGGCUUAAAUAUUCCCAAUGGUAUACAAACUUAACUUACUGGAACGAACAGCAGGAGAAGAAGGAGGAGGAGGAGGAGGAGGUCCUGCCUGGGUUUGAAAAAUUAUAUGCGACGGAUGAGACAUAUAACAUGACAGAUUUGACAGUUGAUAGUUGGCUGAAUUUUGCUGAAUAUAUAAGUUCGAAAGAAGGUAAAGAACUAUGGAAGACUUAUUCAUCUAAUAUGUUUGUCAAGACGAAUAAUGAAUGGUAUGGUCAAAGUGUACCUACUGCUGAUAUCAAUCCUCCUUCUCAUUGGUGGAAUUGGUUUUAGUUGAAUAUAUUACUUAAUAUACAAAUAUAUAAAAAAUUAUUAAUAUUAUUGUCUCUCUUU